AUGGUGCAGAGCCCCUCAGCCCCCUACCAGCCCCGGAUGGACGAGAGGAGCUGCCCCCCCAGCCAGAACUGGACGGAGGGGCAGGAUGAGACCCUGCGCUGUGGGGCACGGGGCAACCCCCCGCCCCACCUGGAGUGCACCAAGGACGGCGAGCCCUUCCCCGCCGGGGUGCCGCGCCCCGUCACCCGCGCCCACGCCGGCACCUACCGCUGCCGGGCCACCAACUCGCUGGGGACAGCCGUCCGGGACGUCACCGUGUGGGUGCACUACCCCGACCCCGACGUGGUGCUCCCGGUGCUGCUGGGGUUGGCGGUGGUGGCCGCCCUUCUUACCGGCGCGGUGGGCUACCGCAUCUACUACCGCAAGAAGAAAAUCCGGCAGUACCGGCUGCGGCAGCAGCAGAGGCAGCUGGAGAUGGAGCCGCCAUGCUCGGGGCUCGCCAAUGAUGUGGGGGUCCCACCGUAG